CCGUCAACGACUAAAUGGCAGAAUACGAAACCCAAUCUUUAACCGUUGAAAGUUUCUCCAUCCGACGGAUGACAUGGCCUAAACCCAGAACUUUCCAGAUAACUAAUGCUUCUUUAUAAACCCCCUGCUCUUUCUGGCUUUUCAGUCUCAUCAAAUCAGAAAAAAUUGAGUGCACAUUUUUUUUUUUUUUUUGGUUCUCGUUGAUUAACUCUCUGACAAGGUCUUCUGAAUUUCCGUGAAAUUUUUUGUUUGUUGAGAAAGAAUUAAUGGCUGGAAAAGGUGAGGGUCCGGCAAUUGGAAUCGACUUGGGGACGACGUACUCGUGCGUCGGUGUUUGGCAACAUGAUAGGGUGGAGAUCAUAGCCAAUGAUCAAGGAAACAGGACGACUCCGUCUUACGUGGCUUUCACCGAUACGGAGCGUUUGAUCGGUGAUGCGGCUAAGAAUCAGGUCGCCAUGAAUCCUACUAAUACUGUUUUCGAUGCCAAACGUUUAAUUGGUAGGCGAUUCAGUGAUGUAUCUGUGCAAACUGACAUGAAAUUAUGGCCGUUCAAGGUGAUUGCUGGCCCUGGCGACAAGCCAAUGAUUGUAGUCACCUACAAAGGUGAGGAGAAGCAAUUUUCUGCGGAAGAGAUCUCCUCAAUGGUUCUUAUUAAAAUGAGGGAGAUUGCAGAGGCUUAUCUUGGCGCAACUAUCAAGAAUGCCGUUGUCACUGUGCCCGCUUACUUCAACGAUUCACAGCGUCAAGCAACAAAGGAUGCUGGUGUUAUUGCUGGCCUCAAUGUGAUGCGGAUCAUCAAUGAGCCCACUGCUGCUGCCAUUGCAUAUGGGCUUGACAAGAAAGCCGGUAGUAGUGGUGAAAAGAAUGUGUUGAUUUUCGACCUUGGUGGUGGCACAUUUGAUGUCUCUCUCCUCACCAUCGAAGAGGGUAUCUUCGAAGUGAAGGCUACAGCUGGUGAUACUCAUUUAGGUGGUGAAGAUUUUGAUAACAGGAUGGUGAACCAUUUCGUUCAGGAGUUCAAGAGAAAGAACAAGAAGGAUAUUAGCGGGAAUCCUAGAUCAUUGAGGAGGUUGAGGACUGCUUGUGAGAGGGCCAAGAGGACUCUCUCAUCCACUGCUCAAACCACCAUUGAAAUUGAUUCUUUAUACGAGGGUAUUGAUUUCUACUCUACUAUUACUAGGGCAAGAUUCGAGGAGCUUAACAUGGAUCUGUUCAGGAAGUGUAUGGAGCCUGUGGAGAAGUGUUUGAGGGAUGCUAAGAUGGACAAGAGCAACGUACAUGAUGUGGUCCUAGUUGGUGGAUCUACUAGGAUUCCCAAGGUUCAGCAAUUGUUGCAGGACUUUUUCAAUGGAAAGGAACUUUGCAAGAGCAUUAACCCUGACGAGGCUGUUGCAUAUGGUGCCUCUGUUCAGGCCGCAAUCCUUAGCGGUGAGGGUAAUGAGAAGGUGCAGGACCUUCUGUUGCUGGAUGUCACUCCAUUGUCUCUUGGUCUGGAAACUGCAGGAGGAGUAAUGACCGUGUUGAUUCCCAGAAACACUACCAUCCCAACAAAGAAGGAGCAGGUGUUCUCUACGUACUCUGAUAAUCAACCCGGCGUGCUGAUCCAGGUGUACGAGGGUGAAAGGACGAGGACUAGGGAUAACAACUUGCUUGGCAAAUUUGAGCUCUCUGGAAUUCCUCCUGCUCCUAGGGGAGUUCCACAAAUCAAUGUCUGUUUCGACAUUGAUGCCAAUGGCAUCUUGAAUGUCUCUGCCGAGGACAAAACCACCGGACAGAAAAACAAAAUUACAAUCACCAACGACAAGGGCAGGCUCUCCAAGGAGGAGAUUGAGAAAAUGGUACAAGAAGCAGAAAAGUACAAGGCCGAGGACGAGGAGCUUAAGCGGAAGGUCGAGGCAAAGAAUACUCUGGAAAACUACGCUUACAACAUGAGGAACACAAUCAAAGAUGAAAAAAUUGGUUCAAAACUCCCUGCGGCUGACAAGAAGAAGAUUGAAGAUGCAAUUGAGCAAACCAUCCAGUGGCUUGACGGCAACCAGCUUGCAGAGGUGGAUGAGUUUGAGGACAAGCUCAAGGAGUUGGAGGGCAUCUGCAACCCAAUUAUUGCCAAAAUGUACCAAGGUGGAGCUGGUGAUGCUGCCAUGGAUGAUGAUGGUCCUGCUGCUGCUGCUGGUGGUAGUGGAAGUGGCUCUGGACCCAAGAUUGAGGAGGUGGAUUAAGAUACAGGACGUAGUGAUGGAUAGUUUGGUUUGGUUUGUGUAACUUGAUACUUAAUUUUCCGUCUUUUUUGCUGUUUUUCUUGUUAAUCUGUGGCUGGAUAACGGGUAUUUGCUUACAAAUGAUGAAUGAACGAUUCUCUCGCUUCGUUUGGCA